AUGGAGUGGCUCUGGCCCUGGAUCCAAGUGCUGUGCUUUCUAGUGCUCACAGACCUGUUGUGGACUUUACCUAUCUCUAAGGAACAAUGGCCAAGGCUUGAGGACUUGGAACUGGCUGAGGGUUACCUGAGGAGGUUCUACCACAUGAGCCCCAGCAGUGGCCCCCAGCCCCGUAAUAGGAGGGCCACCACCACCUCAGCCCUGGGGGAAAAGAUCAGGGAGAUGCAGGGUUUCUUCAGUCUGAAGCAGACUGGCAGACUGGACCUCCAGACACUCUCUGUGAUGAGGAAGCAUAGGUGUGGAGUGCCUGACAUGGAAAACUACAGCUUUUACCCUGACCAGAUCAAGUGGAAGAAUUCCACCAUCACAUACAGGAUUGAUCAGUACACCCCUGACCUUACACAGGAGGAGGUGGAUACUUCCUUCCGUUUGGCCUUGAAGAUCUGGAGUGACGCGGCCCCACUGAAGUUCAUCAAGGUCAAUCACGACAAGGCAGACAUCAUCCUUUCCUUCGCAAAAAAAACUCACGGAGACUUCUUUCCCUUUGACGGCCCCAAGGGUGUUCUGGCCCACGCCUUCGCACCAGGGGAGGACAUGGGGGGAGAUGUGCACUUUGACGAGGACGAAAUCUGGACGAUGGGGCAUUCCAAGCUAGGUUAUAACCUGUUCACUGUUGCGGCUCAUGAGUUAGGCCACUCCCUGGGCCUCUCCCAUUCCAAAGACCCCUCAUCUCUCAUGUACCCCAACUACAAUUAUUACAUUGGAGCACAGUACACACUUCCACAAGAUGACGCACUGGGAAUCCAGGCGCUGUAUGGUAAGUAGAAAUGAGCAAUAACAUAAUUAUCACAUGGUACAUUUUUGGGCAAGCCAGUCAGAAAACAGGAUCCACCAAACCUUCCUAAGAAGUGCGAUCCCAACUUUUCUGUUGAUGCAGUGGCAGUGUUCGGGAAGGAAAUUAUGUUCUUUAAAAACAGGUACAUGUGGUUGAGGACAACAUGGACGACAUACUGGAACCGCCUGAGAGAGGGCCCCAGCAGCACAUACCUCCCCAGCAUAAACUCUCCUGUGGACGCAGCCUAUGACAUCCCUGCCAAAGGCGUGGCAUAUGUCUUCACUGGUCCUAAGUACUGGGUGGUUCGACAGCUUAAGAUGAAAAGCCACUUUGGCUCCAUAUAUGACUAUGGAUUCCCAGCCAGAGUAAGGAACAUUGACGCUGCUGUUCAUAUCAGUGAAUAUGGAAAAACCUUCUUCUUCAUAGGACACGAUUACUAUAGAUACGAUGAACACAGGCGUAGGAUGGAUCCAGGAUUUCCAAGAAACAUCCAAACAGACUGGCCAGGUAUUGGGAGGAGUGUUGAUGCUGCAUUUGAGUUACAAGGUACUAUAUAUCUCUUCAGUGGAACAAAGGCAUACAACUAUGACUACAGACAGAACCAGGUGCUGAAUCGACUCCUAGCCAAUGCAUGGCUGGACUGCUAA